CGCCUGUCAGCCAGACAGAGCAUCUUCAGUCUGGUACGGACAGCUGGGGGUCUCCACUUUGCUUUAAGAGCACUGCCAGUUUAAGAGGACGCCCACUUCUUUAAACCCGGAGCUCUGCGCACGGAGCGCGUAAAAAUUAGCGGACUGAUUUCAAGAACUCACUUUAAAAAGAAAGAAAGAGGGCGAAAAAUGGUUAUGUCUCACUUCAGAUUCGCCUGGACGACUUGACUCAGUAAACAGAGACGCGACCGGAUUUAAAAAUAAAUAAAAACAACCCUGUCUUCUGAGAUAUUUCUCUUAUUUCUUUCCAUUGGUGCUCCUUUGACCGCACUCAGCAUGAUGUCCUAUUUGAAGCAACCGCCCUACACGAUGAACGGACUGAGCUUAUCUACCUCAGGAAUGGACCUGCUGCAUCCUUCCGUGGGAUACCAAGGAACCCCCCGCAAACAGAGAAGGGAGAGGACGACCUUCACUCGGGCCCAGCUCGACGUGCUGGAGAAUCUGUUCAACAAGACUCGGUACCCGGACAUCUUCAUGAGAGAGGAGGUGGCCUUAAAGAUCAACCUGCCUGAAUCCAGAGUGCAAGUAAGUCAUGAGCUGAUAGCGCGAGCCUGCCGAAGGAGGUCGAUAUUUGGUAAUUGUGUCAGUGAGAGGUGAGAGAGGCUCUCCAUUCACAGGAGAGGUUGACAACAACACCUCUGAGACUGUAUUAUUACUUCCUCAUUUAUUCCCACUGGGAAUGUGCUCACGUGUAAUUCUAAAAUAGGCUAUAUUUUCCUCGCAUUUCUAUUUAAUGAUGGCCCAUACUACUCCUACAGGGAAGUGAGAUAAUGAGAAA